GUCAGCAUUCUCACCGUUACGUACGUUGGUUGACUGACGGUAAUAAAAAAAAGGAAAUGUGAACUGGAGGAGGCUGAAGAGGAAGCUUGCUGUGAAUGGAAGGAAUUUGUGAUAAAAGCCAAUUGAUACAAAAUAUGAAGAGUCUCGUUGAAGAAUUGAUUUAAUUUGACAAACAAGAUGGUACUGAGCCCGGAGGCAGCUUCAGUUUGUGAAACUGUAACGAAGACAAACGCUUUUUCGCUGGUUCGCUAGCUGGCUAGGUAGAGUUAGCUUUCAGAAUGGGUAUCUGAAUGCUAACCGAACAGGCGAAAUAUCAGCGUACAAUGACUGAGUAUUGAAGGUGCUGUUCUUAGAAAAAGCUUCGAGAAAAGAUUGUUUUGUUUUUGUGCCUUCUACUACCUCCGGGCGGUGUAUAAAGGAUGAAGAACUGCGAAUACCAGCAGAUCGACCCACGGGCGCUGUCAGUGCUGCCGUCGUCGGCGCAGAACCACACCGAGAAGAAAGCGCAGCGUCCGCGGAGAAAAUGGGAGGUUUUCCCGGGGAAGAACAGGUUUUUUUGCGAUGGACGGAUCAUCUUGGCCAGACAAAACGGUGUCCUUCCUCUAACCCUCAGCCUUAUUAUUGUUACUUGUGGCCUUUUCUUUGCAUUCGAGUAAGUACCCGGUACUGCACAGAAGCGCUUUAUGUAUUUCAGAUUUUACUUAAACGUAUGAAGUAAUUCAAGAAGAUUUAUCCCUAAUCUUGUAGGAUUGCUAUUACAUUGAAAUGCAUUGCACGUUGGAUAUUAAGGUGGGUUUUGCAGUGACAUGCUAAAAUGUUUCUGUUGUCUCUUUUUGAUAGUUGCCCAUUCCUGGUGAAGCAUUUGACUGUCUUCAUACCUGUGAUUGGUGGGGUACUUUUUGUGUUCGUGGUCUUGUCCCUGUUAAGAACCAGCUUUACAGAUCCAGGUAUCUUACCAAGGGCGACCCCAGAUGAAGCAGCAGACGUAGAAAAGCAGAUAGGUAAGGCAAACCAUAGAAAUCCACGUAUACUGGCUUUGGGCCAGAUGGGGUAAAAGAGCUUAGCCAUAUGGGGGAUCUCUGAGGGAUGUCUUGUUGUUGAUCUGCAGACAAAAACCCAUGCAGCUUGUUCUAAAAGAGUGACAGAGAUGUACAGAGACGUAUUUGUGCUAUUCUCUUCCGUAUAUUAUGAAGUUUCUUGGUGGGGAAGUGUUUUGAUCAUGAAGUCUCUGCGCCAUGUACUUCUCUAUUUUAAGAUACCUCAGGAUCCUCCACAUACCGCCCCCCACCGCGGACCAAGGAGAUCCUCAUCAACCAGCAGGUGGUAAAGCUCAAAUACUGCUUCACUUGUAAAACGUUUCGCCCGCCUCGGACCUCCCACUGCAGCCUGUGUGACAACUGUGUUGGUAAGGAUUUUGUGGGAUGUAAACACUUAACUUACCUGCGCUUAUUCUGAAAAACUAGGUAUGAUGAGCAAGGACAGCUCAGGCUGUGUUUUUUUUUAUUUUUUUUAUAGAAUUUAGGUUGAUCUUCUUGUAGAAGUCAAACCUAGUUGUGUUUGGAUUUAUGUUGUGUGCAUUGUUGGAACUUCUUACUUAAUUUUGCAGUAUUUUCACAUAGUCUUUAAAGCAUUAUUUCAUCAUUUUGCAAGAAAGAGUAAACUUUUAUAUCCAGACACAGAAUAUGGAGUAUCCCCCCAUCAGACAGGUUAAAAGAUGAAGACUCUAAUAAUUUCAUGUCUUCCUCCUGACAGUAUAUUUUAUGGAUAUAUAUGGAUAUAUUUACCAGUUGUGCUUGAGUUUAUUAUUCUGCCUCCCCAGUCAGGCUGAGGACAGUUACUGAGUUUAAUAAAAGCCCAAGCUAAUCAAAUACGAUUUUCUCAUUGCACACAAUGUAUGUUGUAGUGUGACAAUGACGUAUACUGAAAUGUUUUUGGAUAUAUGUACCACAUUGUAGUGGAGGAAUUAUGGAAACAGUCGAAAACAUUUGAUCAUCUGGACACUUGACCACAGAGUAACAAAACAAUUCAAUAAACCUGAUGUAGGUUUAAGCCUCACUACUUUCAUACUUUGCAUUUGUCCUUAAUAAGUCAUGUGUUUUUUUCUAUUCCCCCCUAGAACGAUUCGAUCACCACUGUCCAUGGGUGGGGAACUGUGUUGGCAAACGAAAUUACCGCUUUUUCUACAGUUUCAUCAUCUCUCUGUCUUUUCUGACAUCUUUUAUAUUUGGCUGUGUCAUCACACACAUCACUCUGCGUAAGUAUUCCAGCGUCAUGUGUACACAAAAACACAUGCACUUGUCACAUACACAGUGUUUCUGUCCUGUCAAGGUUAUAAAGAAUCACCAACAUUUAGGAUUUAUUUUACAUUUGAUUUGUUGAUUUUUUUCCACAGGCACUCAAGCGGGUAAAACCAUUGUUCAAGCCAUUCAAGAGAGCCCUGCCAGAUAUCCUUUUUGUGCAACAAAUUAUCAACUUUUUUUUUUUUUGAAUUAACGACUGUGUCGUGCCAAGAAAUAACACAAACAACAUUGUUGACACUGCAGUUCUCACUGCUCUUCUUCAGCCUAAGCUCAAACUUAAUAGGAUCAGAGAGUUAGCAUUAGCAAAGCAGUGCUUCUGGGCGGAUGGCUUCUCAGUAGGAGGUUUGCUGCCUCAUGUCCUGCUGGUAUGAUGUCAGCAGCCAGACAAAUAUAGACCACAGACAACAGUGGGGUUUGAUGGGGUAUUUACUAAAGGUGUGAGUUCAUUUACUCAUAGUUGAUAUGAUGUGCUUGACAUCAUAUCCUGUAGCCUCUUUUCCUGUUAACUCACAGAGCAGAUCUCAUACGGUGCUUUGACAGCGUAGGGCAUCCAUUUCAAUAUAAUAUUCAAAUGAAUGAACCCCUGAAUCUUCUGUGAAUACUGUUACACACAGAUUUUUAUCACCAGUUGUGAAUACCACGAACAUUAAAUCAUUGUUUGCAGAUGUGAUAUGAAGCCUUGACUCUUUUCUCCUGCACUGUAGUGGAGCUGGUGGUUUGUUUCUUCUCCAUCUGGUCUAUUCUGGGCCUCUCAGGCUUCCAUACUUACUUAGUAGCCUCUAACCUCACAACAAAUGAAGAUGUAAGUAUGCAUGCUCUUGUAUGUGAUUGCUCAUAAUUUUUUGAUUAAAUGAACUCGACAAUUGGCGCUUACAUUUUUUUAAAAAUGACUUUACAGAUAAAGGGCUCCUGGUCAAGUAAAAGAGGUGCAGAGGAUUCUGGGAACCCGUACACUUACAACAGUAUUAUAACCAACUGCUGUGCAACGUUAUGUGGACCCAUGCCUCCUAGGUGAGGAUCCCAGCUACAUAUAUCUGUUACUUUUUCACCCACCAGUGUUUCUAAAGAAUCAUAUUGGGGAUCUGGUUAUCCUCACCUGUGAAGAGUGUUUCAAGAAACCCAGUACCCUGGUCUAGGGCUGCACAUUGAAUCCAUUUCAUGUUUCUGGCCAUCAGAAAAGUAUGAUUAAAUGCAAUUAUCUGGGUUUAAAAUGUGUGUCCUACCCUCUAUAAACUUAAAGGGAUAUUCCGGAGUAAAAUUAAGUUAGGGUCAAACACACCGUAACACUGAGUCAGACACGCCCGUCGAGAGAUGAAUGUUGCCGACCGCUUGCUUUUCUAGUUAUACCAACUUUAGUAACGACCGCACGAUAGCAAUACAGAGAGCCACAUGCUCAACCAAAAAGUCACUCUAUAGCCACUAAUAAUGCUCAAAACAGCACCUAACUUCAUCAACAGUACAUAUAGGGUCACAGCCAUAGCACUAGCCACCAAACAUCUUUUUAGCUUUGCCUGAUUUCUUUUGCAAAGAGACUAAACACAACUCACCUACUCUCUCCCAGCAGCCGCUUGUUUGUACAGAGACCCCCGGGCCAGUCCAUUACGGACUGCUGCGGGAGGACGCAGCUCAAGGAAGAACAUUUAUGAUCAUUUUUUCACAGAAAUGCAAUCAGACCGAAACGCUAAGGCAGAAGAACUACCGCGUCUGCAGUGCAAAAUAAUUAAUAUGGUGAUUAUUACUUCAAGGAAAUGAUAAAGUAAUGAUCAUAAAUAAUCUUUCUUGAGCUGCAUCACCCAGCAGUAGUCGAUGGACUCGCCCAGAGGUCUCGCUACAAACAAGCGGCUGGGAGAGAGACGGUGAGUUGUGUUUAGUCUCUUUGCUAAAGAAAUCAGGCAAAGCGAAAAAGAUGUUUGAUGGCUAGUGCUGUGGAUAUAAAUGUUUUUAAGCAACUAACAUCAGAGCGUCAUGCCUUAAAUUGAUAUGUCAUUGUGAUUAACAAUCCUGAUGUUGAUGAAAAUAAUGGUGAUUAUAAUUUUGGUCAUAAUUGUGUAGAUCUACCCUGUUUAUACCUGCACAUCUCGAAUAUAAGAAAAGCAUGAAAAAGUUCAAAAAUUUCCAUCAGCUGUUUAAGAAAGUGAAAAGAACCUUUCCCACAGCCCCAAAAACAACAUGGCCUUUUAUAAAUCUGAAAAAAAUUGUAUAUUUGAUUUCAAGUUACUUAUUAACUUUCACAAUAUUCUAUUUUUGAUAUAUUGUACAGUAUUGUAUUUGGUCAUUUUGUACAGUAUAUCAUUUGUGCUUUGUCUCUCUGCCUGUUUGUGUCUCCUUGGUUUAAUUCCUCCCCGGGCACUGUGUUUUGUACAUUUUCCUACAUACCUAAAUUUCCAUUCAAAAAAAAGUUUCACUCAAUAUUGCAGUUUGCAAUCCCAGCAAUCCAAGACUAAGAUGAUGUUUUACAGUGGCACAGGACAGCACCAUAAAGAAAGGAUUGCCAAAAGCACAACACAAAACGUAUAACCAGCUGUGAUGUCACUGAUGUCCAAAACUUGGUCAAUAAGUCCACAUUGAGAAAUCAGUGCUAAUUCACUCUAAAUAUGGAUGUUUUCCAAGUGGAGUGAUCAGCUGAUCAGUAAAGUCACUGUCUUUCUUACUCUUUCUCUCUGUUCCUGACCCCCAUGUGAUCAAAAUCAAAAUUUAUUGUGCAGACUCUGCUCCUUGACAGUAUGUGUGACAAAAAUGAAUCACGUGUUUGUCUGAAAAAUGUUUGACCAUAUUCUGUUUUUAAAGGGAUAAAAUAAGGCUAGGGUCAAACACACCUCAACACCAAGUUAGACACCCCAUCGAGAGAUGAAUGUUGCAGACCGCUUGCUUCUCUAGUUUUACCAACUUUAGUAACGACUGCAGGAUAGCAAUACACAGCAGUCUCAGGAGCCACAUGCACAACCAAAAUGACACUCUAUAGACAUAAAAAAUAAUCAGAACAGCACCUAACUUCAUCAACAGUACAUAUAGGGUCCCAGCCAAAGUACUAGCCACCAAACACCUUUUCAGCUUUGCCUUAUUUCUUAAGCAAAGAGACUAAACACAACUCACCCACUCUCUUCCACUGCUUAUUAAGGGUCUCAGUCUUUAUUUAACAGCUGUGGGUCUAGAAACAUGUCAGUUAUAGGGCCUCAUGAACAUUGCCACAGUCAGAGCUUUAGUUGCAAUCUGUGUUGUGACAUUAUCGCUUUUGUUCUGUUCUCCAGUCUGAUCGACAGAAGAGGUUUCCUUCCUCAUGAUGAAGCAAUCCCCGCUGUCUCUGCCUCAGAGAUCGAGCUGCCUCCUUUCACGGCUAAGAACGACGCGCACAUGGUAGGGUGAACCAGCCUGUGUUCCCUCCCGAGUCCCGACUGUCCCAUAGCUCCUGUGUUGUUGUUAUUUGGCAGACCCCCAGUGUGCUUUAUCCACUUUGUGUAUGUAUUUGUCCAAACCUCCAGACGUACAGUCAGUCUUUGAGCAGAGCUGCCAUCAUGCAGUACUUUGAAACAGAUUCCAGUGUUAUGAAAGAUGGAUUAUGAGUGAUGAAUGCUGUGUUAGGUACUCUCUGUCUGGAAUGGGACAAAAUUAACGAGAGUUAGCUUAUGAAAUUAGAUAAAUGAGAAAAAGUCUGUUUUCACGAAAGGAAUGAUUAAGUUGGCCAGUGAGAGUCGACAUCAAAAUGGAAACCUUUCUCAGGAGGGAAUUUAUCACUGUGUAGCACACUGGAAAAUAGUGCAGUGUUAUUUGUUCUCAGAGCCUGAAAAACAAAAUGUCCUGGAAACCACCUGCAUCACUGUUUGGCACCAUUGAGCAGCUAAAAACGCAGGUAACUGUGUAGAGAGUUGUUUCAAGACAAAUUGAACUAUUUGUCCAGGUCUUUCUGACCGGCUGAGUUACUCCGUCAGAAUGCUGCAGAUUUAUUAUCGCCAGUAAACAUGUCAGGGUUACGCACUGUGUUGUUUAUAUUGCCUUUACGUUUGAGCUGCUGUAUCUACCUCCUUGCAAAUGUUCCACUCGGUUUGCUUCACUGAAGUGUUAUGAACACAACGAACUGAAUGGAGUCCAAGAACAUGGAAAUGGUGUUCAGCUCUGUAUUUAUCAGCACUUUAACUGCUCAGGUCACACAGCUUGACUGCAUUUGCAACUUCAUUUGGUCACCAUGUCAAGUGAGUUUAUUAUCUAGUAACUUUCUUUUCUAUCAUCAUCUUUUACUUGUUAUAUUUUUACCCAUUUUAUUUUCUUGAAAAAUGUUCAUUUUAUGUUAAAUAAAUAUUAAUUUUGUAUUUUGGUCUCUGUGUUGAGUCUACUUUGCCACCUUUUAUGAUACCUUGAGUUUCACUCCAGACCUGCAGGUGUUUUCCUGAUACUGAUACACUUAAGUCAGUAAAACCUUGUGAGCAGGUCGGUUGAACUGUUUCAUAUGUUUGUACCUUGACUCUCAGUGUUUGACUGUAUCCAUUCCACCCUGCCAGGAGGAGAACUGUCAGGAUAUUUCUUUGUCCUGCACAGCCUGAAGGGCACUGCUGCAUGUAGAUGGUUGAUGGUAAGAGUAGGGUUGAACUUCAAACCCAUCACAACAUUGCUUCACGCCAAACUCACUGUCUAUUUUCAUGACACAUUAUGUCGUCAAGUUUGGAAUCAUCAUCAUCAUCUCAAUUGUUAUUGUCUUUUCCGAAUACAUUUUUGUACAACCAUGACUUAGGAGUUGAGUAAAAUGUUGACAAAAGCAGGAUGUAAUGGUUUGUUAAUAGUUUGAAGCUUAAAUUUUAUAGAAAAUUAUGAAAAAAACAACAACUUACCAAAUGCUGAAAAUUAUAAGUUUUAUUGUUUUAUGGAAAUAGUCUUGAUUUAUGUUUGAAAAAGCAACAUGCUUCAAACUGUUGGAACAGGGAUGAAAAAGUUGUGUAAAAAAACCUUGAAGGUAGUAAGUAUUUAAAAGUAUCAGGUAUUUAAAGGGGCACCCCUUCUGAAGUAAAGCUGGGAGACUGGGAAAGGAAAUGUUUCAAUUUCACUGUAAUAAUUUUCAUGAGUGUUCAACUGCAAAGAAUUAGAUUUUUAUUGUACGUCUUUUAUGGUAUGUCUUUUCAAAAGGGACAAGGCUGAUUACUCAUAAUGGAUGGCUGAGCUCUUCAGACCCCCGGGUAGCACUGCAAUGAAACCGAUUUUACCCUGGAGUGGAAAAUAUCAGCAUGAGCUCAAAAUUACAUUUAAAAAACACAUUGUCUGUGAACCAGAUUUAUGGCCCCAUCCACAGAUGCUAGUAACAAUUGUAUUGCACCAUGCAAUGUUGAAACUUUAAGCAUGAUGCAGAAAUGAAAGUAAUGAGCCUAGUUGAAACUCAGUCUUGUAGAAAAUUUUCAUGUGGUUUGAUAAAGCGAAAUCUGACUGUCUUUUGAAAAUGAUGGACACAUCCUGUAGCAACCAGCACACAGUUAAAAGUCCCUGAUGCAUCACUGAUGGUAUGGGGAUGUGUGACAUUGCAUAAUACAGCAAAAAGAUGCCAAACUUCCUUUUACAUGCUCUGUUGUAGAAGAGUCUGGGUGCUUAACUUGCCAGCCUACACUCCUGACUUGUCACCUAUUGAAUACAUUUGGCUGUCGCAGCUGUUUUGAAACAUGCUGCUGGUGUUUAAUUUAAAAUGAGCAUAAAUAUUUUCCUCCUUUUUACAGUUUCAGCAUUUUACAUGUUGUCUUUGCACUUUUUUCAAUAAAAUACAGAAUUUAAAUGAUUUCUAAACCAUCAAAUUUUGUUUUGUCAACAUUUUACACAGUGUUCAAUCUCUUCUGUAGGUGCUAAUGCUAACAGAGCCAGGGCUAAUCUUGUAAAUGGUGUAUGUGCAUGCUUUUCUGUCAUUCAUUCUCCUCUCACUAACACUCACUCUUGCUCAGUCGAGGAUGGAGCUCUUGACUGAGGAUCGAUCAUCUAACUGUCCUCUUUUCUUUUAUAGUUGAAUUAGAUCAUGUUUAACAUGUAUGGGGUCUUAUUUGUGUGCAUGGAGAUGUUGGCAAGAUCAAACUCAUCUGAACCAUGUCUCGCUUUCCGCUUUUGUCAGAGCAUUAAGAAACACAGGAAGUGGCCACUGUCUUCAUUGUCUGUAUCUAACUCACUUCUUUCAUGCUUCUCCAUCUGGAUCAGCACUGUCCUCACUGCUUACAUGGCCUUCACUCCGCUUGCUGAGCUCUGAACGAAUCAUUUUAACCACUUAGUGUUCAAUUCAUUUUGUCCUGUCUGGCCUUCUAUAACACAACCUGUUACUGGAGCUGAUUUUCUUCAACUUCUUUGACCUCUCUGUGUUUUUUUUUUCCUCAUGCAGUGCACUCCGAGCACCAAGGACGUGCUGGAGAGGAUGGUCCACUCCUUGGACUCUCAAGGCUUGUGCUCCCCUGGCACACCAAAGACGACUCCUCUCAACGGGGAGGUCUCCAGCGCUGCAGCACUUUCAAGAGACGCUUCAUCCUCGGCUGGCUGCUCGCAACAACUCGACCACCAGGCUGUGGCCGCUCACUGCCCGCUGUUUAGCAGGAGCAGCAAGAGGGACUCGCUGCACUCCAUAAACCCGGCUUUCCGUCUGGCUGCUCCCUCUCCGUCGCUGAGCCGCACCACUCUGAUUCAAGGGGAUGCACCCGACACAGGUUUCAUCCCGCUGCCCUGAGUUUAAGACAACAGAAGGAGCUGCUGCAUCGCUGCCUGGUGUCACUGGCAGUGUUCCCAACAAACCACAAGUCUCAUAGUGAUGUGUGUGUUUUAUUUUGAACCUCAAGAUGUCAUUCUAAUGAGUUAAAUCAGCACCACCUGGAUUGUCUAAAUGUUCAGUGUGUUUGAUCAGAACUGUUCUAUAUUUUACUGUCUAGUUCCUUCACAAUGGAGGCAAAUCUUAGUAAUACUUUGAAGCACAAUAUAGUGAUAUUUUUUUAAUGCCUUUUUAUGAAGACACCCAGAACAUGCCUCCACAGAACCUCAAGCCAUACAUCACAACUGCUGUGUUCCUCCAGUUUUUGGUAUUAACUCCAUGCAAACAUCCUAAAAUCUGGGAAUACUCAAAAUAUGACUAGAUGCAAGAGGUAUGAGCAAACGUGUAGAUUAUUUAAAGUGGUGAACUCUGAACAGCCAUCUCCCUUCAUCUAGAUUUACAACAUGGUAGCGUUAUCACGUGCAUCCCGAGUGACAGAGUUUAGAUGAAUGAGCAGUCAGGGUUUAAAAGGAUGUUAUGUGCAGGUUUUAAUUUGGAUGUAUGCAUAAAGAGUUAUGGACUGUACUUGUAAUCAGUUCUUUAUGUCUUGUACGUCAGGUGAAGUGAGACUAAAUGGUAAAUAUAUAUUUGUGAGCUCCAUCACUUUUGGAAACUUGAAGUGAAUGAAUGUGUCACAUGUUUUUCACGUAGACAGGAUAGUAACUUGGAACGUUUACCAUUAGUUUCUAAGUGAUGCAUGUUUUGUUUUGUUUUGUUUUUUGCUUCAUCCAAACUGUUGGAUUGGAACAAAAUCGUAGUAUUAUCACUGACACUGUUUCCUGCUAAUGUGAACUGAUGACACGCUUUUAGUUGGGGUGUGUUUGGACUGUGCAUUUCCUGUCACAUUGUGUGUUUCUGGUCAAAAGCACAGACUCGGUGUUGGACUGUAUAAAACUAGGUAAUGUUUUAGGACUGUCGAGACCCUGUCCAUGCAGGACAGGCUAUCUUUUUUCGUGGCUGCGACCUUUAUAGUUACAGCAUGAAACCUAACUCUCCACCUGUUGGAUUAAGUAACAGGAGUUCGUUGUUGCCAAUAGGGGGCAGCAUGUGAAUAAGGAUUUCAGUCAAGCUUAAUCUGGAACACAAAACCAUUCAGAGCAAGGCGUUUUAGGAAGAGUUUCUGAAGAAACACUUUGCCAUAGUCAGUGUGGUUCAUUUAGCAGUCUGCAUCGAGACCCAUAGGUUGUGCAAAAUUACAAGCAGUGCUUGUAUGAACAAACUUGUUUGUAUUUUGUAAGAUGAAACAGUAGAACUGUAAUAUUUGAUCAAUAAAAAAUCUGUUUCAGUCAUUUGUCCUAUUUGUUAUCCCCCAUGACUACGCUGUGAAAAAAUAUUAACAUUUAAAUGAAAAAACUAAGGAUACUGAGGUUUAAUGACAAACAUAACUGAGGUUGGAAGUCCAAAGUUAAGAUCCUGUGUUUGGAUAAGUCCUGGAAACAAUGAAGACAUGCAUGUUCCCUACAUGUGGUAAGACAGGCAAGAAAUCCGGCUUUGUGCGUGUGUGUCUGUGUGUGUCUAGAGGGCACAACAAAACUAAUAGAGAAAGUAAACCUGGAAAACUAGUUGAAGCUGAUAAAACAAUGUAAUUUCAAAACAAGGUCGCUCACAGUUUUUCUUAAAAUACAGUGUUUUAAAAAUCACUAUCUGUUCUCCAUCUACUCAAAUAUUCACUCUCACUAAAUAAACAGACAAAAGGAAGUCUUCCGGACUGUGGCACUGAUGUUUUUUUUUCUCUUGUCAAUAGUAAUUUCAAGCAGAUAUCAUCUUCAAAGUGUUCUAAAAUACUGAUGACAUGAUGUGUAUCCUGUGCCCAAGGUUAAACUGUUUGCCUAUAAUUAUUGAAAUUGAAAACUGGAGAAUAAUAUCCUGAAGGUCGGUGAUUACAGCAGAUAGGCUGUGACAACUGUGGUUGCAGUCUGACUAUACUCACAGCUGUCACUUCUGUGUGCAGGGAAAUAAAAACACCGCACUAAAACCCUCUAAAA